UUAAUAUAGUCCUCCCCUUUCCAAGAUGGCGUAAUUCGUUAGAACGUGACAAGCGCUUUAAGAUUAUGGCGUUUUUGCAGUGGAGAAGAUUUAGUUUUUUCGAUAAAGAAGUAGUUAAAGAUCCAGAAACUAAUCAACCUUUCGAUAAGUUGAAGGAUCUGCACAUUACAUGCAGCACGAAUGGACGUGGAAACGUCGUUUUGGGUGAUGUGGAAGGCAAUUUACAUUUCCUUAAUCGACAGUUUCAACUUUCUUCGUUUAAAGCCUUCGAAUUGAAUGUUUCUCACAUUCAGCAGCUUAGACAUAAUGGUAUUCUAGUGUCGGUCGGUUCUGACGAACCUGGUAUUAACCCUUUAAUUAAAAUAUGGAAUUUGGAGAAGACAGACCGAACCGGGAAGCCAGCUUGCUUGAGAACGAUCAGAAUUCAAGUAGGAAGCACACCUGUACCUGUCACUGCAUUGGCUGUACACGAGAACCUCAAUCUCAUGGCGGUGGGCCUCGACCAAGGCAGAAUAAUUAUAUUCAAAGGUGACAUAACACGAGAGCGGCAGUGCAAGCAGAAGGAAAUUCCUAUCGGAACGGAUUCUGUGACCGGCUUGGCUUUCAGGAAGAUCCACUCGAAUAAACUUGUCUAUUUGUUUGUCAGUACGACCGACGAAGUCUUCUCCGUCGAUUUGACGGAUAAGAAUAACGAAAAAAUAAAACUCCUAGACGGCCAUGGUUGUCGUCCUAAAUGUUCCGUGAUGAGCGAUGCCAAGAAAAAUUGCGACGAUCAGUUUGUAGUCGGGAGAAAUGAUGCUAUUUAUUUUUAUCAACCCGACGAAAGAGGUCCGUGUUUUGCGUUCGAGGGAGAGAAGGUGAUCCUGCAUUGGUUUCGUGGAAAUUUGGUGGUCGUCGGAAAAGAUAAUAAGGCCAUUCCGAGUCUGUCCUCGUCCGGAUCGUCCGUCGAGAUGAGUAUAGUUACGGUGUACGAUAUUCAAAACAAAUUCAUUGCUUAUUCGGCGCCGUUUUCCGGCAUUGUUAAUAUUGUGUCGGAAUGGGGAAUGUUAUUUAUACUAAAUCAAGAUGGAAAGUUGUUUAGUCUUCAGGAAAAAGAUACCCAAAGUAAAUUAGAAAUGCUGUUUAAGAAGAAUCAGUAUAGUUUGGCAAUUAGUUUAGCAAAGAGCCAAAAUUAUGAUGACGAAGGUCUUGUCGAUAUAUUCCGACAGUACGGGGACCACUUGUACAGUAAAGGCGAUCACGAUGGAGCUAUAGUUCAGUAUAUCAAAACUAUUGGAAAGCUAGAAGCGUCUUACGUGAUUAGGAAAUUUCUUGAUGCUCAAAGAAUACAUAAUCUUACAGCAUAUUUGCAAGCAUUACAUAAGAAAGGAUUGGCAAAUGAGGAUCAUACAACACUUCUGUUGAAUUGUUACACAAAAUUAAAGGAUAUAGAUAAAUUGGAUGAAUUUAUUAAGACAGAAAAGGUAGAUUUUGAUGUAGAAAUUGCAAUUAAAGUGUGUCGACAAGCUGGAUAUUUUACGCAUGCUCUUUUCCUUGCCGAAAAGCAUCAUCAACACGAUUGGUAUCUUAAAAUACAGCUGGAAGAUCUUAAAGAUUAUAGCAAAGCACUGGAUUAUAUUGGAAAAUUAGAUUUUUCUUUGGCCGAAGAUAAUAUGAAAAAAUAUGGCAAAAUUCUCAUCAAUAAUGCACUUAAAGAAACUACUGAUUUAUUGAAGAGAUUGUGCACUGAUUUUAAAUCAAAUAAUGAAACUAUUCAAAGAGCCCAGCCAGAAGAAUUUAUACAUAUUUUUGUUAAUAAUACUGAAAAAUUGUUAGAAUUUUUACAACAUAUGGUUAGAGAGAGACCAUCAUCUUCGGCAUUGGUGUAUAACACUUUAUUAGAAUUACAAUUACAAAGUUGGAAAGCUGCUACCGUUCCUGCUGUCAAAGAGCAAUUGGAAAAAGAUAUUACUACCUCAUUAACUAAUUCUGAAGCAAAAUAUGAUGUAGAUCAAGCUAUGGUACUUUGUCAGAUGAAUGAUUUUAAAUACGGAGUUCUGUGUUUAUACGAAAAGGCAAAAUUGUAUCAACAGAUACUUCAGUAUCACAUAAAACAUAAUGAUUAUAAAAAUAUUAUUGAAACUUGUAAGAAUUUUGGGCUUUCCGAUCCAAAUCUGUGGAUUGAAGCACUGAGAUAUUUUUCGCAAAAAGAUCAGAAUGAAUGUUCGAAAGAAAAAGAAAAGGUCUUGAAAGAGAUUGAAGAUAUGAAUCUUCUACCACCCAUAAUGGUAGUCGAUAUAAUGGCAGAAAGCAAAACUGCAAUGUUAGAUUCUGUAGUCAAAGACUAUCUAAUUCGGCAUCUAGAACAUGAAAAUAACAGAAUUGCGAGUGACAAACGCCUGAUAAAACAAUACAGAGAGGAAACAGAAAAAAUGAGAAAUCAAAUUGAAGAGCUGAAAACUAAUGCAAAAAUAUUUCAGGUAUCUAAAUGUUCUGGCUGUACUCACCAAUUGGAAUUACCUUCGGUUCAUUUUCUUUGUGGCCACUCUUACCAUCAACAGUGCUUCGAGAGUUACAAUGCAGAGAAUGAUUCAGAAUGCCCACUGUGCAUGCACGAAAACAGAAAAGUUUUAGAUAUAAUUCAUUCCCAAGAACAAAGCAAAGAUCUUCACGAACAGUUUCACCAUCAGCUAGAGAGGGCAGAAGACAGCUUUUCGGUAGUUGCCGACUAUUUUGGCCGUGGGGUUUUCAACACCGUCACGUUGUUAACAGAUAUGUCGCCCUACAAUAAACCCUCUAUUCCAAAGCACAUAGCAAUGUAAUCGACAUCUAGUCAAUUUUCAGAAGUAUGAAAUGUUUUCGUAAGUAAUUUAGUCGGCGACGAAUAUCAAACAAUAUAUUAAAUUUUAAUGCCAACUUUGAGUAUAUUAAAACUUGUAUUUAAAGAUAUAAAAUAAUUUAAUACAAUUUUAAACAAGUUAUGUAUGAUUUACAAUUUUGCUGUGAUCAUUAUUUUAUAUACAUAAGCAUUGAA